AUGAGCCCUAUAACUGAGUGCCUUAAGGGGGCAACUUUUCGAUGCACAAAUGGUGCAUCACUUGCAUUUGGGAAGAUUAAGAAGUUAAUGACUGAAGCCCCGGUCUUAGUUCUGCCUGAUUUCGAGAAGCUUUUUGUGGUGGAAUGUGACGCUUAUUUUGUGGUUUACACGGAUCACGAAGCUAUACGCUACUUACAAUCUCAAAAGAAGCCGAAGCCUCGACAUACAAAGUGGAUCUACUAUCUUGAAGAGUUUAAUUUCUCCUUAAAGCAUAAAUCUGAAGCGACGAACAAGGUAGUUGAUGCUCUUAGUCGUCAACUUGUGUUAGUGACAACAAUGCAAGCUUGUGUAGUCGGUUUUGAGGUGGUGCUUUUACAUGGAGUCCCUUCUUCUAUUGUGUAUGAUCGUGAUGCCAAGUUUCUGGGACACUUUUGGAGGACUUUAUGGAAGAAGUUUGGAACUGGCUUACGUCAUUCUACAACUGCCCACCCACAAACGGGUGGAUAG